ACGAGAGCGGAUGGGACUAAGGGAGUAGGUACGUACUACGCAUAGACCUUAUAAGGUCUAUGGUACUACGUUUUGAGGAUGUCAAAGCUAAAUGCUAUUCUGCAGCCUAAAAUAACUACUACCAUUCAAAAAGUAGAAUAUUAGAAUAUUUAUUCAAAAUAAAAUAUAAAUAAGAAAUUGAAAUAGAAUUCAUUCUGUUACUAUGAAUUAAAAUCUAUAAAGGUAUUUCAUAAAUCGUUAUCGAAUAUCUAAUAUAAUUAAUUGUACUAUUUUAAUGGUGUCCAUCAGUGGUGACUGGCAAACCUUGUCACUGCGAUCAGCAUAAUAGGUGGCCGCAGAAAUUUUUCUAGGAGAGGGCAAUGUUAGGAUUUGUUAUAUAAUAAAUAGUAAUUUAUCUUUAAACAUUCAAUUUAAAAUAUAUUCUUGAAAAGCCAAGGGGAGGUAAAUGCUCCAGCUUGCCCCCCUUCCAGGUGCCUAUGGCGAUCAGUACUUAUAAUAUUGCAAAAAGUAAUUUUUAUUUAAGUCUAAAGUUGACUGAAAAAAUGUUUGGCAACAAAUGUCAAUAUGUAAAUUGUGGCAAGUCGAAGAAAUUGUAUCCAAAUUUACGAUUUUAUUGUUUUCCAAACAACAAGAGCAGAGAAAUGUGGAUAAUAAAUUCAGGAAACACAAGUUUAUUUACAAUUGAACCAGAAAAACUUCCUAAUAGGUACAUUUGUGAAGGGCAUUUCCCUCCUGAUAGCUUUAAAAACUUUUCUAUUAAACAGCGUUUAAUAAGUACUGCUGUCUCAUAUAAUUGUAUUGAUAAUUUUGAGAAAAAACCAUGUACAUCUUCAAACUUUGAUAAAAAUCACAAAUCCGGACUAGAAUAAACUUAAUAUCUAACAAUAUAGAAACUAUAUUAUCCUUUUUAGGAACAAUAAACAUUAUAUUUUAUAAUUGUUUUUUUUUUUUUAAUUAAGAUUCAAUAUAAAUGUACAUAAUUGUUUUUGUAUAAAUUGUUAUUAUUUUUGUUUGUUUUUUAAACUUAGUACUUUAUUCCUAAUCUAAUCCAAUAAUUUCUUUAAUUUUAGAUUCUGAAUAAAGCAAAAAAUAUAUUUGUUAAAAUUAUCUUACGUAAUA